AUGUCUCACGCAGUCUUCCAACUGGCGCAGAUUAUGCCUCUGGCGCCGGCCCCCAAUUCCUUAUCAUCAAAGUCCUUACUCCCGGCCACCACCGUUCUACGGAACGCUCUCCCGCCGGCCGCCGCGGGUAAGCUCCGAAAAUGUUGCUUCAGUAUCAGGGCUUCAUCUUCCUCGGUGGUUGACGGCGACUCUAUUGGCAGACUGGAGACAUGCUUUCAGGCGUCGCCAUCCACCCCGGAUGUCUUCCCGUCGGCUUCUUCCACCUCAGCGUGUUGUGUCCCGGUUAUGAAGGGGAACUUGAGUUCGCUUAAAUCGGUUACUUUGGAAAAACCGAAGAUGGUUUUCUCGCAGAAGAUAAAAAUAAGUAAAAUUCAGAAGAGUCCCGAGCUUUCUACUGGGGGUGGAGGUGGUAAUAUGGGAAAGGGUCUUAAUCAUGGGGGCGGUGACGGAGGUGACGAUGGUGGUGAUGAUGAUGAUUACUUCGAUGACUUUGAUGAAGGUGAUGAUGGAGAUGAGGGUGGGCUUUUCAGAAGAAGGAUUGUUCUGGGAGAGUUGUUUGAUCGGAAAUUUGUUGAUGCUGUGCUGAAUGAGUGGCAAAAGACAAUGAUGGAUUUGCCUGCUGGAUUUCGUCAGGCCUACGAAAUGGGUUUGGUAAGCUCAGCUCAAAUGGUGAAGUUUCUGGCAAUCAAUGCCAGGCCUACAACUGCAAGAUUCAUUUCUCGUUCUCUACCCCAAGGAUUGUCAAGAGCAUUUAUUGGCAGGAUGAUCGCGGACCCGGCCUUUCUUUACAGGCUGCUUCUUGAGCAGGCGACAACAAUCGGUUGCUCAGUUUGGUGGGAGGUCAAGAAUCGCAAGGAGAGGUUAAAGCAGGAAUGGGAUCUUGCCCUCAUCAACGUGCUCACAGUGACAGCUUGCAAUGCCAUUGUCGUUUGGUCGCUCGCCCCUUGCCGUUCGUAUGGGAACACUUUCCAAUUUGAUCUUCAAAAUACACUGCAAAAGCUGCCCAACAAUAUUUUUGAGAAAAGUUAUCCGUUUAGAGAAUUUGACUUCCAGAAGAGACUCCAGUCGUUCUUUUACAAAGCUGCUGAGCUGUGCAUGGUUGGUUUUACUGCAGGAGCCGUGCAAGGUGCUGUGUCAAACUUUGCUGCCAGCAAAAAAGAAGGAAGGUUAUCAGUCACCAUUCCAUCAGUGAGCUCCAAUGCUCUCGGUUAUGGAGCUUUUCUGAGUCUUUAUGCAAAUUUGAGGUAUCAGCUCCUGUGUGGUUUCGAUAGGGCUGUCACCAGCUACUUUGAUGUCAUUGGUGUAGCCCUUUUCUUCAGCACAGCUAUGAGAGUCCUGAAUGUACAAGUGGGUGAGACAUCUAGGCUGGCCUGGCUUGGUGUGGAAGCCGACCCUUUGGCCCACUCAGACGGUCUUCUAAAGGCGGCCUACAACAGAGCUUCAGAAGGAGGCGAACAAUCUUCUUCCAAGUGGUUCAUAUCCAAGAACUCUAUUGUCUCUGGGCUUGGGCUUCUCGGGCUUAGACAAGGGCAGCCCAACUCAACCUCAACCUCAGAGGAUGGCCCGCCAGCUCCCAAGGCCCGGAGGAAGAGAGUGGUCAAGAAGAAGGUGGCUACGAGUUGA